AUGCCCCCCUCAGAAGUGGUCAGCCGGCUUUCAGGAGCCCCAGACCACCCCAGCCUCAGCAGACUGAGGCACAACCUAGACCAGCACAGCCAAGGGGAAAACCUUCCUUUGCAGCAGCGGCAGCUAGACACAGACCGGCGAACCCUCAGGGAGGGAAGAAACCCCGGGCAACCUAACCUGUCCUCAUGUUCUGGACGACGGGACGAGCAACAGCACUCGUGGAGUAUCUGUUGUUAUCCUCCCUCAAAAAGAGUGGUUAUUUUCUCCCCCUCCCGCCAAAAGAAGGCGUUGGACUCGGGAACUGUUCAAGGAAAUGUCAAAAAGUUAUCUUUUGACCAGUUCAGGUGUGGAGUUGGCACCAGUUCCCCCAGUGCCCCACAAAGAAGUUCUCCCCCCUCCACCCACGGAGUUGCCGGAAUGGGCAGAGGACAGUUCACAAAAAAAAUUCCCUGUGCAUCCAGGCAGUGGGCCGAGGGCACAGCAGGGUUUGACAAUAAAAACACACACAAAACCAAAAUUACUCAAUUCAGAGCUGCAAUCCCCAGCUCCCCCGCUAGAUGGCGCGACCGCACCAUUAGCUCUGCUCACGCGGAGAGCUGGCGCGCAUGUGCAAUACACCCCUGGGUUUUAUCUACAAUACUGAAGGGUUAUCGUCUGCAGUUUGCUGUAAAACCACCGGCGUUCAACAGUGUGUUGAUGUCAGCCGCAGAAGGGGAGUCAGCUCAAGUUUUAGAGGAAGAAAUAGCCUCUUUAAUAAGGAAAAUAGCAAUUCAAAUUGUACCGUCGGAGGACAGCCAAAACGGCUUUUACUCCCGGUACUUUGUAAUUCCCAAGAGAGGGGGAGGUCUCCGUCCCAUUCUGGAUUUGCGGAACCUCAACAAACACCUCAGAAAAUACAAGUUCAAAAUGCCCACAUUCAAAGUGCUGUCACAUUUUAUUCACGAGAAAGACUGGUUCACCUCAGUCGAUCUGGAAGACGCAUAUUUCCAUAUAGUCAUCUACCCGGCACACAGGAAAUUCCUCAAGUUUGCCUGUCAGGGCACAGCCUACGAGUUUACGACUGUUCCUUUCGGGCUCUCAUUAGCUCCACGAACGUUCAGCAAGUGUAAAGAAGCGGCUCUAUCACCGCUGAGAACAGCGGGUCUCAGAGUGUCAGCUUAUUUGGAUGAUCUACUCCUCUGCGCUCCGUCACAGCAGCAAGCGGAGACAGACACGAAGAUGCUUGUGUCUCAUUUGGAGAGCUUAGGCUUCAAGAUAAACGAGACAAAAAGCUGCCUGGUGCCCACACAGGAGAUAGUCUAUCUAGGCCUCAGACUGAACUCAGAUCGGUAUCAAGCGUUUCUGUCAGAGGAGCGCAUCAGGUCAGUUCGCAGCUGUCUAUCCCUUUUUCAAAAAGGGAACAAGGUCCCAUUCAGACUGUGUUUACGCCUUCUAGGGCUGAUGGCCUCGACAGUCUCGGUUGUUCCUUUAGGACUGUUGUGAAUGAGAGAGUUUCAGAAUUGAACAGCGGCACAACACUUAUGUCCAAAACGCCACCUCAACCGCAGAGUGAUGGUGUCACCACUUUGCAUGCGUGCUCUCCGUCAUUGGAGAAACCGCUCGUUCCUCGAAUCAGGGACUCCGCUGGGUGCAGUUUCCAUGAGGAAGGUGGUAACGACGUACGCGUCGCUUUCAGGUUGGGGUGCAGUGUGCGAGGGCAGAAUAGCGAAAGGGAAAUGGCCCGUCUCGCUGCAGAGCAUGCACACAAAUUACCUAGAACUGUUAACAGUGUUUCUAGCUGUGAAACAUUUUGUGCAGUUUCUGCGGAACCACCAUGUUCUGAUCAGAUCAGACAACACGACCACGGUGGCAUAUAUAAAUCGCCAAGGGGGUACACGCUCUCCUCAGCUUCACAGUCUGGCACAGAAACUGAUUGUGUGGGGCAGGAAACAUUUUCAUUCAUUACGGGCAACGCACGUCCCGGGAAUAAUGAAUGCGGGGGCGGAUCUCCUGUCCAAGGGAAAUCCUCGGUAUGGAGAAUGGACACUUCUCCCUCAGGUAGUUGGCCAGUUGUGGAGAAGAUUCGGCCGUGCUGCCGUAGAUCUCUUCGCAUCGCACGGAAACACUCACUGCCCUCUGUUCUUCUCGCUAGCGAGGGACGGUGCGCCUAUGGGUGUGGAUGCCCUAGCGCACCCAUGGCCAAACGUACUGCUUUACGCGUUUCCUCCGCUAAGUCUGAUCGUACCAACUCUAAGAAGGGUAAGGGAGUGCGGUCACUCAGUCAUAUUGAUUGCCCUGAACUGGCCGGGGAAAUUGUGGCUGACAGAGAUAGUGCAGCUCCUAUGCGACCAGCCCUGGCCUCUCCCGCUGUGCAGAGACCUCCUCUCACAAGCGCGCGGGGAGAUUUUUCACCCUGCCCCAGACAAAGUUGCUCUUUGGGCUUGGCCCGUGAGAGGUUAA